CUUGCUCGUGUCGAUCUCAAAGUAGAUCGCUUUAGUUAAUAAUCUAGGGAAAGAGAUGAGCUAAGCCUAGCCGUUCCAUUUCUAUUGCACAAUCAUGACCUAAGUUAGUCCAGAGGAAGCCCUUUGUCAAAAAAAAAAAAAAAGUUAGUCGAGAGGGAUUCGAUCCCAGAUUCUUUAGAUUUGAAGCAAUGGCUGGCAAAGCUGCAGAAGCCGUGGCAAAGACCAUGACGGCGGUUCAGCACCCAUGGAGGGCGAAGCUGGAUAAGUACAGAACCGAGCUGACCAAAGGAGUGUGGGGUUACUGGGAGAUGGGAGCGUGGAAGCCUCUAGGGAUAAGCGCACGCAGGAGGGCGAUGCUGAGGAAAGAAGUGCUGACUGCUGGUGAGGAUUGGCCUUAUGAUCCAGAGAGGAAAGCGAUGAGGACGAAGAGGAAAGGGCAUAAGUGCGAUAGAAUCUCAGCUGAGAAAAGAGAGAACACUGCGAAGCUUAUGCUGAAGAUGCCUCAGAUGCUGCUUGAUUACAAGAAGAGAAGGUGGGAGAAGAAGAUGAAGGAAGAGGAAAAAGCUAAAGAAGACAAGUGAUGUUGUUGUGUCACUGUAGUCUUUGGAUGUGAAACAAAAAAAGUCUGGUUGAGUAGUAAUAAUCCGGUCUUUGGAUCGUAUGAAAUCUGGAAUUUGAUGUUCCAUAGAUGGUGGAAUGCUUUUGCGUUAUGUGUUUUUUUGCUUUUUUGUUGUCCUAUUUUGAACUAAAACCAAACGUUGUUGAGGUUAGGAUUGCAUUUGUUGGAUUGAAGCUCAGACUAA